UUACGCGUAGCGAGAACCACGGGCACUCGCUUCUCCUAUUGUGGCGACUGAAUUGCUUUCCAGUACCGUGGUAUUUAGUUAAGCAGAUGGUGCUUCUUCACACCUAGAGAUGUCCUCUCUUGGCGGCUGCUCGACUCAAGUGUGUUGGGGGAUGACAGAAUGACGAACAGAGCUGUGAACAUGCAUACAAACAACAUCAUAACAAGAUGGGACUCAGCGCUGCCGAGAUCAUGAAUUAUUGUGCUGGUGAAUGAAGAAUUGGCAGAGCUGGACCAGUGACACCUUUCAUCCACUGUGCACUGACCAGAGAAAAUGCACGCAUGGACUGUAAAAAUGAGCACCCCAAGUGUUUUGGCUGUGCUGAUGGUGUUUUUGAUGGCUCCCGGCGGGGUGCUGAGUGAUACGAGAGGCACACGAGGUCUGGAAGCCCAACAACUGGCCCCAAGCUCUACUCUCUUGCACCGUCGCCUGAAGAGAAGCUGGAUCUGGAAACAGCUGUUCGUCCCGGAGGAAGACCCCACUCCUCGUGUUAUUGGCCAGCUCAAAUCAAACUAUGACCACGGGGAGUUUUCCAUCAAGUACGUGUUAUCAGGAGAAGGAGCUGGAGACGUGUUUGAGAUCGAUGAGUAUUCUGGUGAAAUCCGUGCACUGAAGAAACUCGACCGUGAGGAAAAAGCAUUCUACACCCUUCAAGCUCAGGCGAUAAACAGGAAGACCAAUGAACCAGAGGAGCCCCAGUCAGAGUUCAUAAUCCAGGUCCAGGACAUCAAUGACAACGUCCCCCAGUUCCAGAACGAGCCGUAUGUGUCCAGCAUCCCCGAAAUGUGUCCAGUUGGGACCACCGUGGCCCAGGUGACAGCCACAGAUGCGGAUGAUCCCAUGUUCGGGAGCAACGCUAAGCUCAUCUACUCCAUCCUGACGGGGGAGCCCUACUUCUCUGUAGAGCCCAAGACAGGGAUUAUUGUCACAUCCUGGGCGAACAUGGACCGUGAAGCCAAAGAGGAGUACCUGGUGGUGGUGCAGGUGAAGGAUAUGCUGGGCCUCAGCGGCGGUUACUCCUCCUCCACCACAGUUACCGUCAGCCUGACGGAUGUCAACGACAACGGACCCAUAUUCCAGCACCAUCUCUAUAACUUUGCCGUCCCUGAGAAUGCACCCGUGGGCACCACCGUGGGCCGGAUUAUGGCAGUGGAUGGGGACGUGGGCGUUCAUGCCAAAAUGACUUACAGCUUGGAGGAUGACCUGGAAAAAAGCUCCAUUGUUAUCAUCAACACUGACCCGGUGACGCAGGAAGGAGUGGUUCUGCUCGCCAAGCCGUUGGACUAUGAAUCCAAGAGCCGUUAUAUCAUGAAUGCAGAGGUAGUUAACGACCAUGUUGACACUCGCUUCCUGGCCCUGGAUGAGUUCAGGGACAGGACGACCCUCAAAAUUAUUAUCGAGGACGUCGACGAGCCUCCCGUCUUCCUCUCCCCGUCCUACGAGUGGGAAGUUCCUGAAAAUGUGGCUGUGGGAACCGUGCUCGGCAGUGUUGGCGCCAGAGACACCGACAUAGUCAACAAUCUCAUCAGAUACUCAAUUGAUAAAAGGAGCGAUCCCACAAAAGCUUUCAAAAUAGACCCAAACAAUGGAACCAUAGCUGUCGCUAAAGCUUUGGACCGAGAGACUGCAGACUGGCACAAUGUGACUGUUGAAGCGAAGGAAACAACGCAAAACCAUUUAUCCUCCUCUGUGGUGGUGUUCAUCAAAGUGCUGGACAUAAACGACAAUGUGCCAAGGCUUGCAAGAGAUUACCAGCCAUAUAUCUGUGAGGGCACGCAGGCGGGAGAAGUUAUUCAGCUUCUCAGCUCUGUUGAUUCAGAUGACCCCAUUGAAGGACACCAUUUCUACUUCUCCAUGGUCCCUGACAAGCAUAUCAAUCCAAACUUCACCAUCAGAGAUAAUCAAGACAAUACAGCUGGCAUUGUGGCGCGCAGGAGUACUUUUACCAUCAAAGAUCAAACCCAGUACCUCCUGCCUGUGGUGGUGGCAGACAGCGGUUUUCCAACCCUCUCCAGCACCAGCACCUUGACCAUCACUGUGUGCAGGUGUCAGCCUGCUGGCCAUUGCCCCACAGGAGGAGUGGAGGCCCUCGCUCUGUCUAUGGGGAUCAGCAUCCACACCUUGUUGGGGAUUCUGGUCUGCCUGGUCACACUUACAGUGCUGUCAGUUCUGAUGCUGAUGGUGAGGAGACACAGGCGGAAACAGCGGGAGGGGCUGGAUGUGGAGGUGAAAGAGCUGGAGCUGCCAGAAACCGUUUCCCAGAAGGUGCUUUACUACGGUGAAAUGGGAGAGGGAAGGACAGACCUGGAACUCUGCCAGCCCGUCGUCCCGCUGCGUCCCCGCCCCAGGAGAAGGGAGAGGAGGAUGCGGCGGGAGGACGUCAGGGCCAGCAUACGGAUGUCACUCCGAGAGUCACACCUCAUUGGGCCGGAGGACGAAGCCUUCAGGCAGUUUAUUCUGGACAGGCUGGCAGAAGCUGAUCAGGAUCCGUACGCUCCACCAUUUGACUGCCUUCGAACUUACGCUUAUGAGGGGUCAGGGUCUCCCACAGGGUCUCUGAGCUCAUUGGACUCUUCCACUUUGGAGCUCGAGCCUGAACAACCCAUUUGUAAUACUAAACCCAGUUUAUUCAAACUCAGCCCUUGGCAUGGUGGACAGGAGGAGGACACAAUCUUUUAAGGAAGUUGUAUAUUUCUUAAUCAUUGCUCCUACAGGGCAUUUCUAAUAAUCGCUUUUAACAACAUUUAUAUCCUGUUUGCCUCGUUGGCAGGUUUCUUUUAUUUGGAUUCACUGUGCUACCAGUUUCCUCUUCAGUUUAAGGCUUCAAGCUAAGCUCGAAUUAACCAGGUGAAUAUUUAUUCAUGUGUACGUUCAAAAAUAUGCAUUCAUUACUGUAAAUAUGAAUCAAACAUUUCAUGUUAAAUCAUAUCUGAAUGUGUAACCGUAAGACAAGCUUACGUUUUCAAAAAUGAGGGAAAAAAAUACAAGGGUUACUGUAUUUUGUACGAAACAUGCCAAUGGCUGUGAAUAUUUUUUUUUUUUUUACAUUUUUUUAUAUGCUGAAAUGAAUUCAUGAACAUGGAUGUUUUGGUUUUCAUAAACAGACGUUUCCAAAAUGACAUUUCCCUGAAAUCAAACAUAUUUGGGCCUAAUCUGGAUUGUUGUCAGCACUCAUUGCUUAGUUAUUGCACUAACAAGUGUUAUGUGAGCCAGAUGUGGCUCAUUUUCUGAAUGCGGCCAGACAGAUGCGGCCCAGAUUUCAAAAACUCGUUUUUAACAUGGCAACUGCUGUCAAGGUCAAGCAUGGACAGAAGAAAAUGAAGAAUUGGACUACGUCUGGUGGAUUUGUGGCCCAGUUUGUGCAGCCUCAGCCAAAUCUAAUUUGGGCCAAAUAUAACUGCAGAUAUGUGCAACAUACAAAUAUAAUCUGGGCUUUCAACCAUUAUAUUUAGAGUAUGAGUAUAACUUUGCUCCAAAGUGACAGUACUGUAUAAAUCUGAUACUUUUACUUUUUUGUUUGGAUUGAAAUGACAAGUCAACUUUCAAAGUUGGUGAACUGAUUAACAACAUUCAGAACACAGACAUUUCUAUUUUUAAAAAUAGUAUUUAUGUGUAAAAGUUCUUUGACAAUUUAAUUGUUUAUAUUUGUAUUUUUAUAUGUUCUUUACGUUAGAAAAUUUAAUUUAUUUCUGACUGCGCAGCAUAAGUGUUUGAGAUGUCAGCUACCUGCAGAGAACAUUUUUUAUUUGAUUUAAAUGCCUGUGAAAAGGUAGUGAAUUAUUAUGGUUUAUAGAAAGCUUUAUAAUAAGCAAGUGCUCAUCAUUUACAAAAAAUCUAAUUUUAGUAUUUAAGUUAAAUUAUGACAUUAUCAACAUUUUUGGUAAUCGUAUGUUAAUGCUACUAUAGUAAUAGCUGAAAUUGUCAGCAUCCAUAUUGUACAGUGGAUGUCUUUCUCUUCUGUUGUUGCUGUUUAAAACGUAUUCAUAGAUGCUGACAUGUUAAGAUUGCUUGUUGGACUUGUUGGGCCAGUACUGCUCAGAGGUAACAAGAAUUUUUGAGUUGAACAUACCAAUUAUAUUUGUCUUUUUAUGCUACCAUGUUGUAUGUUCAACAAUCAUCAAUAAACAAU